CCAGUCACAUUAUCCAGCCGUCCAAUCAGAUGGUCACGUCGUUGCUAGCUCGCAUGUCAGGGGUUACUUUCACAACCACGACUCCAAACCGCGUGCAGAGGAAGUAUGUUAACCUAAAGGCUGUAUACAUACAGGUGAAUGGGAAGGAGAGAGCUAGAUGUGUGUCAAAAUGGCGAGCGAUCGCUACCCAACAUUUAAACUGGUGUUACUCGGAGAACCAGGAGUGGGGAAAUCUUCUCUGUUCUUCCGAGCGAAGGAUAAUACUUUUCAUAAAGGGAAUAGGUCCACAAUAGGAGUUGACAGCUGCACACGAAUCGUUGAGACGAAAAGAGAGAAAGUCAAGCUUUCGCUGUGGGACACGGCUGGAGUCGAGCGGUUCAGGACGUUGACCCGCAACUACUAUCGCAACGCACACGCAGUCGUCCUCAUGUACGACGUCAACAACCCACACACACUCUCCUACCUCGCCAAAUGGUCCCAGGACAGUGCAGACUUCGCCCCCACAGCUCUGAAGUUCCUAAUAGGCAACAAGACCGACCUCGAAAGUUACGUGGACAAAAGCAGUGUCCAUAACUUCGGUAUGAGCCACAACUGCGACAGCGCCUACCUCAUCUCAGCCAAGACAGGCGAUGGUGUAGGAGAGGCAAUGUCGUCGAUGGGGGUCAAGCUGUUGAAGGGAUACCGGGAAAGUAGUCUGACACAGUCAUGGCUUCAAGAAGACAAUCUUCCGAAACCUGUUAAGAAAAGCAGCUGUUGUUCAUAACGCCUGGCAGUGGUGUGGUGGAGGGGACAAGAGAAUUGUUACAUGUGGAUCGUGAUCGUUAUUCGAGAACAUGUUGACAGAGUAUAAUGCCAUCAAAACAAAGGGAGACUCAUUAAUGACUCCUGUGGGUGACAACCAUGAUGGCAAAGAAGAUGUCGUAUCGGAGGAACCAAAUGCUUUUCAAGAUCAAGGGGAGCAGAUUUUUAGUUUGAGAUCAACAUGUCUACUGUUUACUAGCUCAGUUAGUUUAUGUCAACAUAAGCAGGUUCUCCAUGACUAUUCAGUCCACAGCCAAAAAUCAUGGAGUGCUGAAGUUUAUAUUUUUCCGAGUGAGUGAGUAUGGUUUUACAUCGCAUUGUGCAAUUUUCCAUCAACAUCACGGCUGGGGACACCAAAAAUGGGUUUCACUUUUUGUACCCAUGUGGGGAAUCGAACCUGGGUCUUCGGCGUGAAGAGCGAAUUCCUUAAGCACUACGCUACCCCACUGCCCCAUGUAUAUUUUUCCGAAGAGCUGCAUAAACAAAUGUACAUUCUGCGGACUAUGGUGUAACAUUCAGUAUUUCAGAAAGACUCUUAUUGAACCUAGCAACUACAAUGAUUGAGGUUGGGUGUUCGCAAGUAUUAACAGUAUUCCAUCAAUGACACUGCCCGGGAUGCCUAAAAUGGGCAACUCUCAGCAUAUUAAAGUGAACAUAAUAACCACUUGGCUGCACACAGCCUCCCUCCUCUAAGAGUAGGGGAGGGUGUGAAGUGUUUCUGUUUGACGAUGGACAUGACUGCCUUUGGAACUGAAGGUUCUGUCUCCGUUAUCCUCACAUGAAAUAAACUACCAGUGAGGAUUCGGGAUACAAUUGAUCUUCAGAAACCCAUGCUUGUCGUAAGAGGCGACUAACGGGAUCGGGUGGUCAGGCUCACCGACAUGGCUGACACAUGUCAUCAUAUCCCAAUUGCGUAGAUCGAUGCUCAUGUC